GCACUAUAAAAACCCCUCUUGUAGAGAGACAGGCAGAGAAACAGACAGAGAGACACAGAGAGAGAGAGAGAGAGAGAGAGAAAGGGAAAGGAAUUCUUCCAUUGCAGCGCGUGAAAAGCAGCAGCUUCUUUAUUAUUAUUAUUUUUUGCAUUUUUUAAUUUUUAUUUUAUUUUAUUGAAUUUUAGUUGUAUAUAUUGUCGGGGUCGGUGCAGAGAUGUUGCCCGGCGUUAUUGCUCCUCCUGCCAUGUAUCCCAACCUGCUGUCUCUGCCGCGGACUUUGCGCUCGGCCUUCACCUCGCCGUCCAGUUUCCGGGUGGAGGACCUGCUGCGUAUCGGCCGCGAGACCUUCCCUCCACCGCUUCCGCAGCCCGCGAGCCCCAAUUCCCACGAGACCGCGCGCGCUUCCUCCGGUACCGACAGGAGCAGCUCACCGCCGCAGACCACCGCCAUCAACACGACCACGACCACACACACACACACGCACUCACACACACACACCGAGCCCGGAUACCUGAAAUUCGGGGUGAACGCCAUUCUCGCACCAGAUACCAGAAACGCAUCAUCUCCACCUGCACUGCAUGGCAUCAGCCCCAAACACUUUCCCUUCCCCUACUUUGAUGCGUCAUUCCAUCCAUUCAUCAGAGCUGCCUAUUUCCCUGCUUCAAACUCGGUGGUUCCUAUACCGGGAACCUUCUCGUGGCCACUUUCAGCAAGGGGAAAGCCGAGGAGAGGUAUGCUGAGGCGGGCCGUGUUUUCAGAUGUGCAGCGCAAAGCUUUGGAGAAAAUGUUUCAGAAGCAGAAGUACAUCAGCAAACCAGACAGGAAGAAGCUAGCCACAAAACUUGGCCUGAAAGACUCUCAGGUAAAAAUAUGGUUCCAAAACCGAAGAAUGAAAUGGCGGAAUUCCAAAGAGAGGGAACUUUUGUCUUCAGGUGGCUGUCGAGAACAAACUCUGCCAACGAAGACGAACCCUAACCCAGAUCUCAGCGACGUUGGGAUAAAGUACGAGAGUCUCGACAGAGACAGCCCAGAUGGUGCCUUCUACCAUCCUCACAUAGGCAAAGAUUUGGAAAACGGUUCCGAUUCACUCUUUACAUCUCCAUCACACUCCAGCAAGAACUCAGACUCAUCAGAUGAUGAAGAAAUCACUGUAUCAUAGCCAUACAAAAAAAAAAAACAACAACAAAAAAACCCAGACUGAGAUAUGUGUUGAAUUAAUCCUGAAAUGGAAUACAGCCCACAAGGGGGGCUAGACUGAAUCAACCUGAGAGACAUUCAACCCCUGUAGAUACGUUUUGGCACCGAUGAACAGAUAGCUAAUAAAUGUCAUGCAUCAACAUUAAGAUUUAUUAAUAUGUUUAAAAUGUUAAAGUGAAACAACCAUGAGAGAUGUGUUUGCUGAUUUGGCAGAAUCAUUUUUUCAUUCUUGGCUUAAUUUGCAAUGCGGUUUAUCAAUUAGGAUUUGCAUUUGUCCCGUACGUUUAAGAUCUUGUACAGGAUGUGAUUAGGUGACAAUGAGAUGACUUAGAAAAAUUUGUUUAAUGCAAAGUGAAUCAGAGACAUAUCCACAUUACCAAUGAGCAGCUAUUAAUUAGCUACACCUUUACAUUAUAUGGAAAAAAAAGAAAACAAAAAAUGAUGAAUAUACAUGAAACAUUCAGGCUACUAAUUUAAUGGCCUUUAAUGAGGCUGCGUUUUUUGCAGCCGUAACAUUUUGUAUACUAUUUUGUAUGAAGAUAUUUGGAAUAUUUUGUAUGGAACGUUUUAUAGCCGAACAAGAUUCAUGCCUUUCCUGCUGAUUUUUUUUUUCCUGUUUAGAUUUUCCAUGUUGAAUCUAAACUAUGUAGAUUCUAAAUGUAUAACUUAAAAGUCAUAUGUGUGUUUAAGUUUGUAAGGAUGAAAUGUAUAU